AAUUCAUCAAAUUACGUUUUUUUUCUCCCAACAGUGUCCCACAACCCCUACAAUCCGGGCGCGGAUAUGCCGAUGCCCUCAGCCAAGGAGCAAACGCUGAUGUGGAUGGAUUCCGGUAUCCACUCGGGGGCGAUGACCCAGGUGCCGUCGCUGAGCGGCAAGGACGACGACAUGGAGGACGACCCGUUGAUGUUCGACAUGGACCAGGGCUUCCCGCAGAACUUCACCCAGGAUCAGGUGGACGAUAUGAACCAGCAGCUGAGCCAGACACGAUCGCAGCGUGUCCGGGCGGCCAUGUUCCCCGAAACGCUGGAGGAGGGUAUCGAAAUUCCGUCGACCCAAUUCGAUCCCCAGCAGCCGACGGCCGUUCAGCGCCUGACUGAACCGUCCCAAAUGCUCAAACAUGCCGUGGUUAAUCUGAUCAACUACCAGGACGAUGCGGAUCUGGCCACACGGGCCAUCCCCGAGUUGAUCAAGCUGCUGAACGAUGAGGAUCAGGUCGUUGUAUCCCAGGCCGCUAUGAUGGUUCACCAGUUGUCGAAGAAGGAAGCUUCUCGUCAUGCUAUCAUGAACAGUCCACAGAUGGUCGCUGCCUUGGUGCGUGCUUUAUCGCAGAGCAAUGAUCUGGAAACUACCAAGGGAGCCGUAGGAACCUUGCACAAUUUGUCACACCAUCGUCAAGGUUUGCUGGCCAUCUUCAAAUCUGGUGGAAUUCCAGCAUUGGUCAAGCUCCUGUCAUCUCCAGUUGAAUCGGUGUUGUUCUACGCCAUCACAACACUUCACAAUCUGCUACUCCAUCAGGAUGGCAGCAAGAUGGCUGUUCGUCUGGCCGGAGGUCUCCAGAAAAUGGUAGCCUUACUGCAGCGUAACAACGUUAAAUUCCUGGCCAUCGUCACUGAUUGUUUGCAAAUUCUGGCAUACGGAAAUCAAGAGAGUAAACUUAUUAUCUUAGCUUCCACCGGACCCAGCGAACUGGUCCGCAUUAUGCGUUCAUAUGACUACGAGAAGCUACUCUGGACAACUUCCCGGGUGCUAAAGGUUCUGUCCGUCUGCUCCAGCAACAAGCCAGCCAUCGUCGAAGCCGGUGGUAUGCAAGCCUUGGCCAUGCAUCUGGGUAACCCGUCUCAACGCUUGGUCCAAAACUGUCUCUGGACCCUGCGGAACCUCUCAGAUGCUGCCACCAAGGUCGACGGUCUGGAAACACUGCUUUCCGGUUUGGUAACCGUGCUCGGAUCGUCGGAUGUGAACGUCGUCACCUGUGCUGCCGGCAUUCUUUCCAAUCUGACAUGCAACAACCAACGCAACAAGGUUACCGUGUGCCAGGUGGGAGGCGUCGAAGCCCUCGUCGGUACCAUCAUCAACGCCGGAGAUCGUGAGGAAAUCACCGAACCGGCCGUUUGUGCCCUGCGCCAUCUCACGUCGCGCCAUCCGGAGUCGGAAUCGGCCCAGAACAUCGUUCGCAACGGGUACGGUCUGCCGGUGAUCGUGAAGCUACUUAAUCCGCCAUCACGCUGGCCGUUGAUCAAGGCGGUCAUCGGGCUGAUCCGCAACCUGGCCCUGUGCCCAUCGAAUGCGGCUCCGUUACGCGAGAACGGUGCCAUCCACAUGCUGGUGCGUUUGCUGUUCAAGGCGUUCCAGGAUACGCAGCGGGUAAGUCAACGCUCUUCGGUGGCCACUAACGGGUCCCAACCGCCAGGAGCCUACGCCGACGGGGUUCGCAUGGAGGAAAUCGUCGAAGGCACGGUCGGUGCCUUGCACAUCCUUUCGAAAGAGGAACUGAACCGGCAGCUGAUCCGGCAGCAGAGCGUCAUUCCGAUCUUCGUGCAGUUGCUGUUCUACAAUGACAUCGAAAACAUUCAGCGUGUCGCUGCCGGCGUGCUCUGCGAGCUUGCCGUCGACAAGGAGGUGGCGGAGCUGAUCGAGGCCGAGGGAGCCACUGCGCCGCUAACCGAGCUGCUCAACUCGGCCAACGAGGGUGUCGCCACCUAUGCCGCCGCCGUCCUUUUCAAGAUGAGCGAGGACAAAUCGAUGGACUACAAGAAGCGCUUCUCGAGCGAACUGACCACCCUGCCGGUGUUCCGUGACGACAGCAUGUGGAACAACGGGGAGCUCGGCAUGGGGCCAGAUCUGCAGGACAUCCUGUCCCCGGACCAGGCCUACGAGGGUCUCUACGGUCAGGGUCCCCCCAGUGUGCACAGUUCCCACGGAGGCCGUGCAUUCCAGCAAGGCUACGACACUCUGCCGAUAGACUCGAUGCAGGGUCUGGAGAUCGGGGGCAACACUGGCACCGGGGGACCUCCAUCGGUGGCCCAGCCGACCUCUCCCUAUCCGAUGGAUGUCGGAGAGAUGGACGCCAGCGAGCUGACCUUUGACGUGAUGCCGUCACCACCGCAGGACAACAACCAGGUCGCGGCCUGGUACGAUACCGACCUCUAAGCGUCGGUUUACGAAAUCGUAUUAUCAAUUGAUGAGCAACUCUUAUUUUCUGCUAAAUUUUAUACAUUAUAUUUUACGCCGUGCUUCCAACAUAUAUUGACGCGAAUAUCAACCACAACACAACAGAACACAGCCGGGCAGCUUUCGCGGUAUCCUCAAAAGGAUACAGUUUCCAACGACCGUGUCUCAGAUCCAUUGUGAUAGCAAAAUUUAUUCGACGCAGCUUAACACUGACCUACCUAUACGUUAAAUGUGUGUUGGAAGUUUGAUCUUAAAAUCAUAUUUUAGCCACUCUAUUUUUACAUAAGUACUUUAUGUAUUUUAAGCGAUCAUAAACGAUAUCAAACUACAAAUUUAUUAAAAGAAGAUUGAAAAAUCAUUUUAACCCUAGAGACAAUUGGAACGUCCCGAAUCAAAAUCUUUAUAUUUCUAGAACGAUAUAUAUUUAUGUUAAAACGAAGAGUUAUUUUAUUUUCGACACACCGGCCAAUCUACGAUCUAUGGCGGGGUGUUUGCUACUGCAUUUUUAUCGAUAACAAUUGCAAAUCCCACGAUUUUCAAUCAGCAGCAUGAGCAUAAAAUCAGCAAACAGAAAUUCGGCAAAUUGUUGAGACUCCAAGAGCAAACAAAUUAAUGAAAUGCACUUCAAAAUCCCUAUUAGUAUAAAUGUUAUCGUGCAAAAAAAACUGAAUAAGCCAGCAGCAAAGAAAACCCGACAAAACAGCAUCACCUUUAGCACUUACUGAGCAGUCAAAUGAGAAUAAAAACUACGACUGGAUUAAAAAUAUACAAAAAAAAAACUAGGAAAAAACUGGAACACUUUUCUCAUCGCCACAAUUCAAGAUUUGAGCAUUUAGAAGUUUAUAAUGAAAACAAAAAACAAAUUAUCCACGUAAGAAUUGCAUUGUGGAGCUGUUUCCCAGAAGUAAGUAAAUAAGUCGAAACAUUUUUCAUUUUUUUUCGGUUUUGACUUUGUUCUGCGGUUUGGAUUAUCCAACUCUCGCGUUUGAUUUUCGGCGGAAAAGAACGCUCGAGUUGAAUUUUGGUUUCUUUUUUUUAUAAUAAUCGUAUGAUACCGAACCCUGCUGGAAGUUGGUGGAUUGCAGUUCCAUUCGAUUGAAUUUUGUAAGUGCUGAGCCGAAUCGUAGGAAAAAUAAAAUACAAAGUAAGGCGAAUAAGUUUUAUGGAAGCAGUAACAGCAUACAGAACGACAUACACGAACACACUACGACAAACAAAAUAAUUAACCUUAUUAUAUACCUAUAUUUGAAUUUAAAACAAAAACAAUUGAUUAUUGAAGUAAUUAUUAUACAUUUUAUGAUGAAACAGAACCUUCCUUUCAAUUAUAUAAAAGCGUAAGGAGAAAAAUAUAUGAAAAGCUAUACAAUGCCUAAAUGUA